ACAUGUGACUAAAUUACCCGCUCACAUGGCCGCUGUGUUUGCAUGAUCCGCUUUAGUUUUUAAAGUCCAGUGCUCGAGCUCGCUCUGCAACAACCAUCCGGAGCCGAAGACCACUAAAACGCACGACCUAACCGGACAAGCCAUGGCGAGCAGUGGACAAAAAGUAGUUCUGAUCACCGGUUGCUCCUCCGGCAUCGGGUUACGAAUCGCCGUCCUGCUGGCCAAAGAUGAAAAGAAGCGUUACCAUGUCAUUGCCACCAUGCGGGACCUGAAGAAGAAGGAUAAGCUGGUGGAGGCAGCAGGUGAUGCGUAUGGGAAGACCCUCAUGCUGCUGCCUCUGGACGUGUGCAGUGAUGAGUCAGUCAAGCAGUGCAUCAACAGUGUCAAGGACCGCCAUAUUGAUAUCCUCAUCAACAAUGCAGGUGUGGGCUUGUUGGGACCCGUGGAAAGCAUCAGUAUCGAGGACAUGAAGAGGGUGUUUGAGACCAACUUCUUUGGCGUGGUGAGGAUGAUUAAAGAGGUCAUGCCUGACAUGAAGAAGAGGCGGGCGGGACACAUCGUGGUCAUGAGCAGUGUAAUGGGUCUACAGGGUGUGGUGUUCAAUGAUGUCUACACUGCCUCCAAGUUCGCCAUGGAGGGCUUCUGUGAGAGUAUGGCUGUCCAACUGCUCAAGUUCAACGUCCAUUUGUCUAUGAUUGAGCCAGGGCCGGUGCACACUGAGUUUGAGACGAAGAUGAUGGAGGACGUGGCCAAGAUGGAGUACCCAGGAGCUGAUGCAGACACAGUGCGCUACUUUAAAGAUGUUUACCUGCCCUCCUCCAAGGAUAUCUUUGAGGCCAUGGGUCAGACCCCAGAGGACAUCGCCAAGUGUACUAAGAAGGUGAUUGAGUCAAGGAACCCUCGCUUCAGGAACCUGACCAACAGCCUGUACACGCCCAUCGUGGCCAUGAAGUAUGCCGACGAGACAGGCGGCCUGUCGGUCAAUACCUUCUACAACCUGCUGUUCAACUUCGGCCCCCUCAUGCACAUCACCAUGAGCAUCCUUAAGUGCCUGACCUGCAGCUGCCUGCGCCGACGCACCAUCUCACCGAACUGAGAGAGACCGGUCUUGGUAUGAAAUGUAACCCUAUUCCCUAUAUUGUGCACUACCAGGGUGAAAAGUAGUGCAUUAUAUAGGGAUAGGGUGCCAUUUUGGACAUACCCUGUGAAAAAUAUACAGUGGUGUAGCUCAUUGACACCCAAACCUGGACCACCUGGGGGAAGGAGGGCAUGUAGUUCUCGGCGAGAGAGGCCGUGAGAGAACCAGGAUAAGCUUUGGCCAGGCAACACGCACAAUUGCACAAACACAGACAGUACAGUGUGACCUCAUGCAUGGGGCUAGAAGUUUUUUCUGGUCAGAUCAUGUGAUCGGGAAAAACUCCUGGCCCUCCUCAUACAUACACAUGAUCACACACAAACAACUUACCCACAAACACAGCCAGGCAUCUCCUCCGUCCUGGUCUUUUGAGGUACUGUUGGGGCAAUGACACUGUCUGUCCAUCUGUCCGUCUGUCCGUCUGUCCGUCCGUCUCUGUCUGUCUGUCUGUCCAUCCGUCUGUCCGUCUCUGUCCGUCUGUCUGUCUGUCUGUCCGUCCGUCUUUGUCUGUCUGUCUGAAAAACAAAGCACACAUAACCAGUUACAAAGAAUAACAAAAAACAACAGCAUUGCAAUCACAGUGAAAGCGUAACGUAGCACCCAAUGAACUUAAGACUCAGGCCUUGCUAAACUCUUAGUACAAUGCAGUAUUUAGCUCUGAGUUACGAAGAAUAAACUAGAUUCCUUCAUUGUA